AUGUUGGAUUCUUUUUUCACUACGACGACUGAUGCGGUGGGGGGAAAUAACGUAGAACAACCAGAUGAACUACAACCGGUAAAAACAGACCCUGGAAGAUCGUACAGCAACAACGCUGAAGAUUCGGGGGCCGGAGCAGCGGCGCUAGCUAAAAUGAACGAAAUAGUGGAUCCCGCACCUCCUGCGAGAAAAAUGAAUAGCAAGGUAGAACAAGAAACUACACCCUGGCCAAGCCCUUUUUCGUUUUUCGACGGAGGGCAGGGCGUGGUGGCCGAAGACCCGCUGGAUAACUUCUGUGAGUCUGUGAACGAGGUUCCGAUUUUCGCACUUCUGUCCGGUUUACACGACUUCACCGCGCAUAAUGAUGCAAUGGAUAAGGAUGAAGCACCAGGACCUGAGAUGAAAAAUCUGAAAGACCAGAUCGCACGCUACGCGUUGUCCAAAGCUGACCCGGAACGGAGCCCCGACUUUUUCGAGGUCCACUUUGUGAAAACAUUGAAGAAGUCAGAAUUGUGGCACCCGGCAGCGGAAACCAACUACCGCGGGUACGAGCGUUUGUUGCAGCAGUGGCCCUUCUUUUUGCAGCAGCCGACGCGCAGACGGAGGGAAAUUCUUCUUUUGAACCAGCGCAAUCCGACCAACGGCAUCGCGAAUCAGCUGGAGCCGCAGACGCUGCUGGAUUUCGUCGUGCAAUCCGACGGGGCGACGUACCACGAGAAGUUGUAUGGUGGGGAGAGCGAGAGAACAGGAACGGGCGAAAAUGAAUGGUCGUCCGCGUCGACAAGCAGCACGCUGUGUACGAGAAGUACACAACGUCGACCAGCUUCUUCCACGACUAGGCGACCUGUUUCUACUAGUACCCACCUGUCCGCGAACACAAAAUCCGCGACCGGAAGUUCAUCUACGAUGGCCCGCGACCAGAGUACGAGUACAAAGGCUGAUGCGGUAAAGAGCAACGACGUCACGACCAAAGGACCACAACCAGGCCAGCAGCUAGGAAACACGACGACGACGGCGCUUCUCUCCAGUCCUGCCGUACCCGUAGCCACCGAACAAAUCCCGUCCUCAACCUCGCCGCUGAUCUUUUACGAAAACGCAUUUUACGAGGACCACUUGCAGUGCUCAGCAGACCUGGAAGACGAAGAACAAAAGCUCGCGCGACAGUUGGCGGCGUUCAGGACUGCGGAGCUGGCUCCUCGUAUCUCGACUGGGCGCGUGGCAACAGGAAGUGGAGGAGCACCAGGGGUACCGGACGAUCCAACUCCGGCAGUGCCUGCGGGUUCAUCCGAAAAUGAAAUGGACUUUAUUACAACUCUGUACGAGAAACGGAACACGGUGACCGUGCAGAAGUUGCCGAUUCUGCCGCAGCAACGGUAUCCGAGCAAAAUCACCGCCGGCAAGGUGGCUGGCCGUCCGCUGCGCAACUCGUUCUGGUGGCCCCGCCGGUUUACGCAAAUGCCCGGGAUAAUGCUGGAGGAAGAAGGACGAGACCAGAGAGUACAACAUGGCAAGACAAAAGAUUUCGUCCCCAUUAUAGAAGUACAACCUCUUCUAUCGGAGCAGUGUGCACGCGCCAGCGUGGACGCGAGAGCUGGGAUUGAGUUUGGCGACGACCAAUUUGAUUUAUCCGGGCCGUUGUCAAAAACGUCUCCAUCGAUGCGACCAGACGCGACGACAACGUCAGUAUCCUCGUCAAGCGAGGAAGAAAAUGUUCUGUCCGAGCGAGAGUUGCAGUUAGCCCGGCAGCGCGGGCCCGCGCGGUACUGCCGGCGUCCCCACAAAAUUUUGCGGACAGAGGACGGCAUGCUCGUGACGCAGCCCGGGUCGCGGGAAACCAUGCACGGUCUGUUUGACGAAGCCCUUUGCCCAGAGAACAUGUGCCCCGAGACUCUGUUUUCAGAUGAUAGUCUUGCACACAAGGGUGGACCGCCGGCGAAAAAUUAUAGACCGAAGAACCAGGAGCAACCUGCUGUUCCUUUGCCCCCCGCGGGGCCUUCGUGGCCGCCGCUGCAGCACCAGUCCACGGCGAUGGACAUUUUGACCGUGUACUCCCUGGUACACCACGUGGGCCGCGCCUUGGACUUUUUCGGCGCCGUCUGGUGGAUCUCGCACGGCAGCAUGAUCGGAGCGCUGCGUCACGGUGGCCACAUGCCCCAGGACAUCGACAUUGACUUCGCAGUCCCGUGGGACUUCUUUUACCUGUUCGCCCCGGGCAGCGCCUUCGUGCAGCGGCUGCGGCGUCUGAACAUCCACACGUCCUACCUGUACACGACGGCGCAGAGCCUGCGGUUCUGCAGCAAGCGGAACACGGUGCGCUACAGUCGGACCGUCGCGGAGUUCCGGAAUUCGAAGAAUUUCGAGGAAACGCUGACCUGCGGUGCGCCCUUCAUCGAGAUCCACGAGAUCGAGCUGAACCCCAAAACCUACUUUUGGACCACCCGCGUGGUCGGGCGGAACAGCCGGCUCCGGGGGGCCGUCAACAAAACGCUGUUCCUGCCAGCCUACAAAGCGGUGUUCCACAAUCACACGGCGGUGGUGAGGAAAAAUUACGGCCUCUCUGCUCUUCACUCCGGCGCCACUUCUGCUCUAAGUGAGAGAACCACGAGGACGAGGACCGCCUUCGCGGGCGUGGAGCUCGAUCGCCUGGACAUCAAUCCGCCACUGUUCGAGCUACACGAUUACCGCACCAAAACGCCCUUUGGCGCCUACACUUGGGUGUGGCUGCCGCCCGAGCCCGAGAAGGUGCUGGACAGCUUUUACGGCCCGGAUUGGCAGACGCAGGUGCGCGUACACAACAACUCGGAGGCGACGCAGGACGGAGCGGAAAAGCAGAGCGGCUAUCUGCGAUUUGAAAAGGGCAGCGUGUGGGGCCUAUACGCCAAACCCAGUGGACCGCUGUUGCAGCACUUCUUCUGAGUACAAAACACCUUUUGUAAAAGUGCUUGCGUCAAGGUCAACAUCAACUGCGUCUGUUCUUGCAUGUUUAUGAUUAGACUGUCGUACCAGGAGGUUGCUGUUGCGAGAGGUGACUGCAGGAACCACGAGCGCAUGCUGAAUUAAGGAGAUACCGAACUGCAGAAGCGAGCGGUGUUGUUCUGCAGGGGUCGUAACUCAAUACGCACAAGAGCUGUGAUAUCGCGGAAGUGUUGUGUUGUGAAAUGACGUAUUCGUCGUGCUCAACUUCCAGCUCUUCGCUUUGUGGUCCUCUUUACUGUGGUCCUACUUGUUUACCUAUCCUUUUUUCAGUAGACAA